AUGUUAAAACAAAUUUUUGGUUGUAGAAAAAUCAAUAUUGUUUCUCAAUUAUUUAAAGCCAAUAAUAGUAUUUAUUUAAAAAAUUCAUAUACAACAGAUAAUAAUAGUAAUAAUAAAAAUAAUAAUAAUAAUAAUAAUAAUAAUAAUAAUAAUAAUAAUAAUAAUAAUAAUAAUAAUAAUAAUAAUAAUAAUAAUAAUAAUAAUAAUAAUAAUAAUAAUAAUAAUAAUAAAAAAAUAAAAGAUAAUAUUAUUGGAGAAAAAAAUAAAAAGAGUAAACUAGCAAUUAAAAAUCAACAAAGAGCAAGAUCUAAAAUUGAUAAUCAAACUUUAAAAGUUAAAAGUGCUGAUAACGCACAAGAACAAUUAUUAUGGAUUAAAAAACAAUGGGGAGAAGGUGAUGCACUUUCAUUUCUUUCUCGAAAAAAAUUUGAAUUUAUAUCAUUAGAGGUGAAUGAAGCAGUAGUUGAAAUUUUAAAAAAAAGAGUAAAAAGAGUUGAAAAUGCCCGUUUUAUUACAAUGUUGUUAAACCUUUCAGUAAGAAAACAUCCAUUUGGUGAUCUACUCGAUUUAUUAGUUAAAUAUGAUUUAAUUAAUAAUACAGCAUUCCUUGAUACUCUUUUCAGUCAAGCAUAUCAAUAUAAAGCGAUUUACUUUUUUGAAUUGUUUAGAUAUUAUGACUCAGAUUCAUAUGAACCAUCAAUCUAUGAAAAAAAAAUAUUUUCGGUUGACCCAGUUCCAGGAGAUAAAGUACAUAAUCCAAUAGAAGCUAAAAAUGAAUAUACAAAAGUAGCAGUUCCAAAAAUUCCAAAUCUUAGACAGACUGUUAUACCAAAUGGUUGUUUUUUCCAUAAAAAAUAUAUAUUUCAAUUGUAUAAAAGUAAUCGCCAUGAAGAUGCAAUUAAAGAAUUUGACACUAUUCCUGAGGAGUUAGUGUCAGUUGAUGUUGUUCAAACUAUGGUUUCAUGUUUUAUUGAUUUAGGUUACAUUGAGAAAUCAAAAUAUAUCAUGGCUAAGUAUUUUGAAAAAUUCUCAAAAGAACCUCUUUAUAGAAUUGCCGCAAUGCAAUUAUCAUUGGCAAUUGGUGAUCCAGAGAAUGCUGCUUUAAUUCUUCUUCAUACUAAAUAUAAUCGUGAUCAAAAAAAAGAACUUGAAGAUUCACCAUCAUCACUACAUCUAGGUCAACAAGUUAUUCAAUCAAUUUUUAUGGAAUUAGGUGAAAGAAAUAAAAUAUCAUUCCUUAAGGAAUUGGUUGACCAUGGUGCUUUGAAUUUCUUUCGUUUGGAUAGAUUCGAAUCAAAUGUAUUAUUAUUCAAUGCCUACCAUGGUAAUAAAAAAAUGCAAAUGAAAUAUCUCAGCAAUCUCUUAGAAUCCCGUCAAAAUUUUAGUGAUAGUCAAAUAAAAUCUCAACGUUUUGCUCCACAACUUUUCUUUGAUAAAAAAACUUUAUCUCAUAUUGAAGCUACUAGUAGCGAAAUUAAAAUAAAUUAUAUUGAUCCAUCUUUGGAAGCAAUAUUUUUUGAUAAACAACAACAACAACAACAACAACAACAACAACAACAACAACAACAACAACAACAACAACAACAACAACAACAACAACAAAAAUAA